AUGAUGUUAUUAGAUGAAGCCCUUGACCAUCGAUACCGCUGGAAAUGGGGGCUGUGUCCUUCUCAAGACUACAAGGAAUUGGGGAAUGAAAAGAUUGCAGGAGAGCCGGCCUCCAUCUCCUGCAGGUCUAGUCAGAGCCUCCUGCAUAGUAGUGGAAAGACAUAUUUGAUCUGGUACCUGCAGAAACCAGGGAAGGCUCCAAAGUGCCUGAUCUAUUGGGUUUCCCAGCGAGACCCUGGGGUCCCAGACAGCUUCUGUGGCAGUGGGUCAGGCACAGAUUUCACACUGACCAUCAACAGGGUGGAGACUGAGGAUGUUGGAGUUUAUUACUGUUAUCAAGGUGCCAGAUGUGACAUCCAGAUGACCCAGUCUAGAGCCUCCCUGUCUGCAUCUCCAGGAGACACAGUCUCCAUCAGUUGCGGGGCCAGUGAGAGUAUCUAUGGUUAUUUAGCCUGGUAUCAGCAGAAACCAGGGAAAGCUCCAAAGCCCCUUAUCUAUUAUGCAACUAGUUUGGAAUCUGGGGUCCCAUCAAGGUUCAGUGGCAGUGGAUCUGGGACAGAGUUCACUCUCACCAUCAGCAGCCUGCAGCCUGAAGAUGGUGCCACUUAUUACUGUCAGCAGCAUUAUAGUUCUCCUCCCACAGAAUCGGAUGAUCAGGACAGCCUACAGGAGAAGGAGGUAGUGCUGAAAACAAAGAUGUGCAUCAGCUUUGUUAGUACAACGAGGCAGCGAGUGGUAUGA